UCUGCCUGUCUAGCCUCAGGAUUGAGUUCUACUCCAUCCACCUGCAUGUCCACUGCGGGGUGAGAUCAACUACACUCCCGAUCUCUUGCUGUUCCCGGUAGCUGGAUUGUUCAAUCAACUAUAGGUACAUCUUCUCCGAGUAUUCAAUUAAAUCUACACCACAUAACAGAAAGUCAUACAGCAAGAUGGGAGCUCAAUCAUUCCGUGAGAUCGUCGGCGCGGGACCAUCGACCGCAACAUGCGUCGACAGCACCUUGAUCAUCGUCGACGCACAAAACGAAUACGCUGAAGGCAAGCUCAAGGUCUCAAAUGCGCCACAGUCAAGAAAAGCUAUCUCGGGAUUGUUGGAGAAAUAUAGGAGUGCAGGAGGCAAGGUAGUGCAUAUCAAGCAUCAAGUACCCGAGGGCGCGCCAGUCUUCACGCCGAAAACGAAGCUGGCGGAGGAGUACGAAGAGCUUGCGCCAAAGGAAGGGGAGAAGGUGAUUGAGAAGUUACAUCCUAGCUCGUUUGCGGAGACGAAUCUGGAUGACUAUCUGCAUGGGGUGGGCGGCAAGAAGAUCGUUCUGACUGGGUAUAUGGCUCACGUCUGCGUCUCCACGACCGCGCGUGAUGCCGCCCGUCUAGGUUACGAUGUGCUCAUCGCCGAAGACUGUGUGGGUGAUCGUGAUAUCCCCGGUGCGUCGGGCGCAGAGGUGACGAAGAUGGUGAUGCAUGAGCUUAAUGAUGCAUUUGCCACUGUAGUCCAAAGCAGCGAGAUCAAGUAGCUGCUAGUAUUCGUGCGUACAUUCCAGUUUCCGGUGCAACGCGUAGCAUCAACGGCCGACAGCGCAUCUCUCCGAUAUCAUUUCGGCGUAAGAUUGCACGUUGAGGCAAGCUGGUAGUCGGUUCGAGAG